AUGGAACUGAAGGCUGAGGAGGAGGAGGUGGGUGGCCUCCAGCCGGUGAGCAUCCAGGCCUUCGCCAGCAGCUCCACCCUGCACGGCCUGGCCCACAUCUUCUCCUACGAGCGGCUGUCUCUGAAGCGGGCGCUCUGGGCCCUCUGCUUCCUGGGCUCCCUGGCUGUGCUGCUGUGUGUGUGCACCGAGCGUGUGCAGUACUACUUCCACUACCACCACGUCACCAAGCUCGACGAGGUGGCUGCCUCCCAGCUCACCUUCCCUGCCGUCACGCUGUGCAACCUCAACGAGUUCCGCUUUAGCCAAGUCUCCAAGAAUGACCUGUACCACGCCGGGGAGCUGCUGGCCCUGCUCAACAACAGGUAUGAGAUACCAGACACGCAGAUGGCAGAUGAAAAGCAGCUGGAGAUACUGCAGGACAAGGCCAACUUUCGCAGCUUCAAGCCCAAGCCCUUCAACAUGCGCGAGUUUUAUGACCGCGCAGGGCACGACAUCCGAGACAUGCUGCUUUCCUGCCACUUCCGGGGGGAGGUCUGCAGCGCUGAGGACUUCAAGGUGGUCUUCACGCGGUAUGGAAAGUGCUACACGUUCAACUCUGGCCGAGAUGGGCGCCCACGGCUGAAGACCAUGAAGGGCGGGACGGGCAAUGGGCUGGAGAUCAUGCUGGACAUUCAGCAGGACGAGUACCUGCCCGUGUGGGGGGAAACCGAUGAGACGUCCUUCGAAGCGGGGAUCAAAGUGCAGAUCCACAGUCAGGAUGAACCUCCCUUCAUCGACCAGCUGGGCUUCGGCGUAGCCCCAGGGUUCCAGACCUUUGUGGCCUGCCAAGAGCAGCGGCUCAUCUACCUGCCCCCGCCCUGGGGCACCUGCAAAGCUGUUACCAUGGACUUGGAUUUCUUCGACUCCUACAGCAUUACCGCCUGCCGCAUCGACUGUGAGACGCGCUACCUGGUGGAGAACUGUAACUGCCGCAUGGUGCACAUGCCAGGGGACGCCCCAUACUGCACUCCAGAGCAGUACAAGGAGUGUGCAGAUCCUGCUCUGGACUUCCUGGUGGAGAAGGACCAGGAGUACUGUGUGUGUGAAAUGCCCUGCAACCUGACCCGCUAUGGCAAGGAGCUGUCCAUGGUCAAGAUCCCCAGCAAAGCAUCAGCCAAAUACUUGGCCAAGAAGUUCAACAAGUCUGAGCAGUACAUAGGGGAGAACAUCCUGGUGCUGGACAUUUUCUUUGAAGUCCUCAACUAUGAGACCAUUGAGCAGAAGAAGGCCUAUGAGAUUGCAGGGCUCCUGGGUGACAUUGGAGGCCAAAUGGGGCUGUUCAUCGGGGCCAGCAUCCUCACGGUGCUGGAACUCUUUGACUACGCCUAUGAGGUCAUAAAACACAAGCUGUGCAGAAGAGGGAAGUGCCAGAAGGAGGCCAAACGGAGCAGCGCGGACAAGGGCGUGGCCCUCAGCCUGGAUGACGUCAAAAGACACAACCCGUGCGAGAGCCUCCGGGGCCAUCCUGCCGGGAUGACGUAUGCGGCCAACAUCCUACCUCACCAUCCGGCCCGAGGCACUUUUGAGGACUUUACCUGCUGA